AGGUGCUCAGAUUAUUUUGUACAUGAAAAUCAUCUCACUUGGGGUUGAUGUUGGAAAAGGUGCUGUGCCCAAACUGCCAAAUAUAUUUGAAUACAGCGGUUACUGCUUCAAUGUUGGAACUGUUAUAUUUGGCCCCUGGGUCAGCUAUAAUCAAUAUAUUAGAAUACUUGAUUGUCAGGCGCAAUCAUUGGUAAGAAUCUGGAACAGAUAUUGAAUUACAUGUAGUUUAUGCUAUUGAUGCUAUUGAACCAGUGCAGGUAUUUGAAGUAAAAUAGCUCUCUUAAGUCAAAGCAAGCAAGUUUAUCUACUGGCCUCACUAUGGCUGUAUCAUUGCUUUCCUACAAUUUAUAAGGAAAUAUUUAUGCAAUGUAAAAAAAUGAAAACAGUGAGUCUAUUUAUCCAGCCAAGAGUAAGGGAGGAUUGUUGUUGGAAGUUGGGGGAUGCAAGGAGAUGAUUGGUUUUGAAGUACAACACCCUUAGCUGAAACUUUGACUUAAAAUGUGACUAGAACUUGCCUUGUGUCUAUUGACUGUGACUAGAAUAAAACUUGCCCUGUGUAUAGUGACUCUAACUCAGAAAUGAUUUUUAUGUAGUGUGCAUUUCACCAUCCAUACUUGAUGCUUAGUUUUCCUCAACUGAUAUGUUCAUUGUAAAUUGAGUUUAAAAAAAAAAAAAAGAUUUCUGUAGUCAUGAAAUUAUUAAAUUAAUUCCUUCCUCUCACAUUUCAGAAUUUCUUGUGGGCAUUUAAAGUUUUAAUUACUUCGUCUUUUGCCAUGUUUUGCCUUAUUCAUUCCAACUGCUUGACAAGUUGGAUAAUAAUGGGGAAAGCUUGGAGGUAUUGUUAAAUUUAGUUAUUUCAUUUUAAAGGGAAUUUAUUUUAAAAAUAGUUGUUUAACGCAUUGGCAUUUAAAAUAUAGUAGAACCCGGUUAUGUUGACGGUCUAGGGGUUUGACAAAAAAACGUCAAGAUAACCGAUGAUCGAGAUAAACAAAAACCAAUAUGGCGGCAAUAUAUUUAAAAUUGCUUGAAAUUUCUUUAUGUACAUGAUGGUGCAUUAAUAAAUGAUAAUGAGUCUAAUGCACUAAAUAAACCCUAAAUUUUAGGCUAUGCCUAAUUUAAUAAUUUAAGUCAAUAAUAAUUAAUAGGCAAUAGGACCAAAGCCUAAUAUGCUUUAGGCCUAGACUAGAUUUAGGUUACUUUAUAUUAGAUGUAGACUGACUGAUUAGACUGUAUCCUGUAUAUGAUUAGAAUAUUAAUAUUAUAAAUACUUUAUUUGUGAAGUACUCAUUUUAGUUUUAGGAUAGCUUGCUUAGGCCCAUACUUAGUAGACCUACUUUCUAUUAACGAAUGUUAUACAAAUGUAAGUUACCCGUAUAUAUAUAAAAAAUAGGUCUAUAAUAUUAGGUACUUCACAAAGCGGUGCAUGCCGAUAUAUUUUUCGGAUAUGGGAAACAGAUCAUAAAUCCGUGACCGGAAAAUGCUGGUAGGUAACGGGGUCAUAUGGAGAUCUAGUUUCCUUUGUCUAUGUAAGGAGUGAAAAUGAACAAUUUAUAGUCUGUUUUGUGCACACUAGGAGGAUGAUCAUUACUAGAUAAACUUAGGGGUUCGUUCACUCCUGUAUUUUGAGAAAUAAAUAAUUAUUUUUAAUUAUGCCAAACUUGUUUAUUUGUUGUUUGCUAUUUCUUCUUGCGGAGUUCAAAAGCCGGUGAUCGGUCAGGGGAUCGAGAUAACCGACGUAAAGUAGCAAAUUUGGCUGCCUUUUGUGCUUGAGAUAUCAGGGUUCGGCGGCAUAAAACAAAUCGACAUAACCAAGGAGAAAAUGCUAAGACAAAGAGAGAAUUUGACGGUUCCAAUCCAAAAAAAGUCGACAUGACAUGGUUGGCGGGUUAACCAAGGUUGAGAUAAGCCGGUUCGACUGUAGAAGUUUAAUGCAUUUAAAGUAAUCAGUUCUGGUAUUUACUUAUGGAUCUUAGUUUCAAUUCCAAAUUCAUAAUCUAUUUAUAAUAUCAGAUAUUGAACACAAAACUUGUAUUUGACCCAUGCCACUUUAGAGAGAACAUAAUUUGUUUAAUGCCUUAUUUUCCAGGUGGAUCUUGGCUUAUCGAGAUGCCCAAUCUUUUAGAUUUAGCCACUAUAGCAUUAGCUUUCUAUCUGAUUCCACAUCUACCCUUAGUGGAAUUCAGUUUGAUGGUGGAUCUGCUCUACAGUGGUAACAAAAUUUAGUUUUAAAAAAAAUAGUUAAAAUUGUAAAGAAAUCAAUUUAAACACAAUAUGACUAAGAAGAGAGUUGUGAUUGGUCUUGUGACACUAUAAAGCUUUUUAAUUACUUCACAGGAAUAUUGCAAGGCCCCAGCACAUUGAAAUUCCUAGAUCAC